GUGUGGGCAAGAGCAGUUUGCUGUUGCGUUUUGCAGAUAAUACGUUCUCAGGCAGCUACAUUACCACAAUUGGAGUGGAUUUCAAAAUCCGGACAGUUGAGAUCAAUGGAGAGAAGGUGAAGUUACAGAUCUGGGACACAGCUGGACAGGAGCGCUUCCGGACCAUUACGUCAACGUGA